UGUACUCUUUAAGGGUGGCUGGGGGUGGGGGCAAGACUGACCUCACGUUUGUGUGCCUAAUUUGUAUUUUGGACUUAACAGACACCAGAAGAAAUAGAAAGACUGACAGUUGAUGAAGACCUCAGUGAUAUUGAAAGGGCCGUUUAUCUGCUCAGUGCUGGUCAAGACAUCCAAGGAACAAGUGUGAUUGCAAAUCUUCCAUUUUUGAUGCGACAGAAUCCUGCUGAGACACUUCGGAGGGUCUUGCCAAAAGUCAGAGAAAUCCUGCAUGUUGCAGGAGUGGAGAUGCAGUUAACAGCUGCGGUGUCAUUUUUGACCAUUCUACAGGAAGAAUCAGUGUCAAUUCAUACAUAUGCCCACUCCUUCCUCCAAGUCAUUCUGCUGCAUCUGGAGCACAGGGACGCAGGUGUCAGCAAUGCAUGGCUGGAAACUCUUCUGUCUGUGAUAGAAGAAUUGCCAAAAGAAACCCUAAGGCAUGAGAUUUUGAAUCCCCUUGUUUCCAAGGCACAGCUUUCUCAAACAGUCCAAUCUCGUUUAGUUAGUUGUAAAAUUUUAGGAAAAUUGACCAACAAAUUUGACGCCCAUACCAUUAAAAGAGAAAUACUUCCUCUGGUAAAAUCACUUUGUCAAGAUGUAGAAUAUGAAGUUCGAUCAUGUAUGUGUCGGCAAUUAGAAAAUAUAGCUCAGGGCAUUGGGACAGAACUUACGAAAAGCAUGGUGCUCCCUGAAUUAAUAGAACUCUCUAGAGAUGAAGGCAGCAGUGUGCGACUUGCAGCUUUUGAAACUUUGGUUAAUCUGCUUGAUAUAUUUGAUACAGAUGACAGAAGUCAAACUAUACUUCCCUUAGUGAAAUCAUUUUGUGAAAAAUCUUUCAAAGCUGAUGAAUCAAUUCUUAUUUCUUUAUCUUUCCAUUUAGGAAAACUAUGCCAUGGACUUUAUGGUAUUUUUACUCCAGAUCAACACUUGAGAUUUUUGGAGUUUUAUAAGAAACUUUGUACAUUGGGUUUGCAACAAGAGAACGGACACAAUGAAAACCAGAUUCUACCCCAAAUCCUAGAGCAGGAAAAGAAAUAUAUUUCAGUACGGAAGAACUGUGCUUAUAACUUUCCGGCCAUGAUUGUUUUUGUUGAUCCUAAAAACUUCCACAUGGAACUCUAUUCUACAUUCUUCUGCCUUUGUCAUGACCCUGAAGUACCAGUCAGAUACACUAUUGCUAUUUGCUUUUAUGAAGUGUCUAAACUUCUGAAUUCUGGAGUAUAUUUAAUACAUAAAGAACUAAUAACAUUGUUACAAGAUGAAUCACUGGAGGUACUAGAUGCUCUUAUAGAUCAUCUUCCAGAAAUUUUGGAACUUAUGUCUACUUGUGGAGAAAGCAGUAUUCAAGAAAAUAAGUUAUCCUCUCUACCCGACUUGAUUCCAGCACUCACAGCUGCUGAACAGCGAGCUGCAGCCUCCUUGAAGUGGAGAACUCAUGAGAAGCUACUGCAGAAGUAUGCCUGUCUGCCACAGGUCAUAUCAAGUGAUCAGAUUUAUUAUCGUUUCUUACAAAGAAUGUUCACAAUCAUGAUGACAAAUAAUGUCCUACCUGUCCAAAAGGCAGCUUCACGAACUCUAUGCAUUUUUCUACGUUACAAUCGUAAACAAGAACAAAGACAUGAGGUCAUUCAAAAAUUAAUUGAACAACUGGGCCAAGGAAAAAGUUAUUGGAAUAGACUUCGAUUUUUGGAUACUUGUGAAUUUAUUAUAGAGAUCUUUUCCAAAUCAUUUUUCUGUAAAUAUUUCUUUCUCCCUGCUAUUGAAUUGACACAUGAUCCUGUAGCAAACGUGAGAAUGAAACUUUGUUACUUACUGCCCAAAGUGAAAUCUACUCUGAAGAUUCCUGCAGAUAAGCAUCUACUUCAGCAGUUAGAAAUGUGUGUGAGAAAACUCCUGUGUCAAGAAAAAGAUAAAGAUGUUCUGGCUAUUGUAAAAAGAACUGUAUUAGAGCUGGACAGAAUGGAAAUGUCUAUGGAUGCUUUUCAGAAAAAGUUUUAUGAAAAAGAUUUGUUAGAUCAAGAGAAAGAAAGAGAAGAACUACUUCUUUUGGAAAUGGAACAACUAGAGAAAGAGAAGCAGCAGACUGAUGGAAGGCCUAUGAGUGAAAAAAUCUUUGAAAAGAAACGUAGAGACACUAAGACACCGACGCAAAGUCUGCCCAAAAACAUUCCCAUUUCUGCGCCUGGACCCUCUACUGCCACCCCGUCGACAAGCAAAGAAAUCAAGAAGUCCAAAUUGAUUCGAAGUCAGUCUUUCAAUAAUCAAGCUUUUCAUGCAAAAUAUAGCAACUUAGAGAAGUGUGCUAGUAAAAGUCCAACAGCAGGAUAUACACCUUCUGUCUCAGGGUUAGCAAAGACUUCUGUGCUUUCACUAACUGAUGAUUCAUUCCGGACUCGUAAUUCCAGUAGUGUUCCAACUUCUUUUUCUGCUAAUACUCCCCUACCAAGUACCUCCCGUGGCACAGGCAACUCAGCUGAUCUAAAGAGCAAUGGAAGUAAGGACACACAACCACGGAAAGCUACCUUAAAAUCCAGAAAAUCCAAUCCUUAAAUCAACUGGUUGAUGAAGGUGGCAAAGCAAAGACAGCUGGAAAUAAUGUGAUUGGUGGACAAAAGCUAAAGCUUUUUAAAAAGGUUUUGUUGUUGUUUAAGUGAAUGAAAAGAAACAUGGCGGCAACUGUGUUAAACUUUCCAUAUUUGACAUUAGAUUCCCUAGGAGGUAUAACAUAUAUUUCUCGGAUAAUAAUGUGGUUACAGAAUUCCAAUGUUAGAGCAAAGUAUAACAACUUGUUGAAAAACAACUUUAGGUAUGUGCUUUAGCUACUGCUGCAGAAGAGGCAAAUCUGCCUUUACUUGUGCAGGAAACAGCUGUUUAAUUGUUCUAGAGUUUUAGCAUUUAAAAUCUAUAUGAAAGUCCAAAUCCGCUGAAAUUGCCCUAGCUAGCUAAUUGCUUGGAGGGGCCGUUAGGAGGUUAAAAUAAAUAAAUAAAUAAAUAAUGCAUUUCUCAUAACUCUACAACUGAAAAGGGUAUGAGUGGCUGUCUGCAGUUUCAUCAGUCCUAUGAUUAGAGUGACAAUAUGUUGUACCUGGACAUUCUCAAAUUUAAAUUUGGCAGUGAAAAUUCUACAACGAUUUCUGAUAACCUUGAGCUAUUAAUACCUUAAAAAUAAUAGGUUGAUGAUUUCCUUUAUUUCCUAGAAGGAUUUAUUUUAUAAAGACUUCGUUUACACGUUAGGUUGUAUCGGUCCUUACUUAAUUUAAAAUGAUGAAUCUAGUUUGAAUCAGCUGUUAUUCCAAGCUAUCAUGCUUAAGCUACGUCAACAGCAUUUAUUUGUACUAAUGCCAAUAUUUCCAUCAAACUUUGCCUGUGGAACAUAUACACUUCUUAAUUUUAAAAUGUCAGUUCUUGAGAUAUACUGUAUGAAGCUAUUGUCAGCUUCUCUAUUUCAAAAUACAA